UGGUCCCCCCAAAAAAAGUACUAAUUAUGUCAGAUGAUUGGAUGAGAAAGAAAUAUUUGAAUUUUGAUGAUUUAGGAUGCAAAAGACUUGUGUUGCUUGAGAGCCCAAGGAAUAGUGUAUAUAUAGUUGCUAAGGGCCUUUGCAAACCAAUAAACGUAUUUUGAUGUGCUGUAAUAGGGCCUAAUGAGGGACAAGGGAUCACAUGGUAUUGUCUUAUAGAGGUCAUUUUCAAGGAUUAGGAAGUUAAAUGGGAUUACAUGCUCAUACCCCACUUUGUGAGAUAAUGGCCAACAAAUAACCUACUUGAAAUUUGAGAGUUGAGACAAUGCUUAAUGAAAGAAACCUGAUGUUUGAUCUUGCAUUUUGAUAUAGCUAAUCCAAUGGUAGACAUGCAUUGGACAUCUCACAUAUUUCUUUAGAUUUGUAAUGCAGCUUAUAUACAUCUGCCAACUAAUAUUAUCUGAAUUAUGUCCAAUUUUUAAACCUUGAGAAGGGCCUGAUUGAUAGAGUCCAGAAACAGUGUUAGGAGACAAGAAGAUAACUCAAUAUUGAUCCCAAGCCACUAUGAACCACAUUUUAUAUUUUGCAAGACCAAUUCCAUGAAUUUUCAAUUUUGCAUACCGAACUUUGCGGUCCAUGCCUUCCUAAAUAAGUAUUAAGGUAAAUUAAAUUUUCUCUUGCAUGGAUAAUUCUGUUUUUUGGUGGUGUGAUAUGUUGGAUUUCUUUUACAGAAGGUGGGACUUGUAUUAACUAUUAUGACAUUUGAUAUUUGACAAAGACCUCUAAGACAUUACCAUGUGAACUUAUAUAUGCUCUUGUCUCCCUGUAGAUCCUAUGACCCCAUCUCAAUCCUGUACUAUAAUACACCCCUCCUACAGCAACCAUUCAAGUAGCCAAUGGUUUUUCAAUUUUCAUUUAUCUAUAUAUAUUCGUGGCUGCAAGCAUUUAGAACCAACACAAAUCAUUCACAUCCUAAAGCAUUCCAAUUUCAAAAACUUGCUUCUUGCUUACAAGUCUUUCUUAAAAAAUAAUUUCUUCUCAAGUUUUAACACAAAAAAUGGGUUUUCGUUUACCUGGUAUCAUUAGAAAGGCAUCAUCUACUCCCAACAGAGCAGCUUCAAAAGCUGUGGAUGUGCCAAAGGGAUAUCUUGCAGUAUAUGUUGGAGAGGAACAAAAGCGGUAUGUGAUCCCUGUAUCAUACUUGAACCAACAAUUGUUUCAAGACUUGCUGAGUCAAGCUGAGGAAGAAUUUGGAUAUGAUCAUCCCACAGGUGGUCUCACCAUUCCUUGCACUGAAGAUGUCUUUCAACAUAUAACUUCUCGCUUGAAUGAGCUAUGAAUCUGACACCAAAAGGGACUGACAUAAUUUAGUAUAGAUAUUUUUGUAAUCUAGGCAUCUUAUCAAAUUGUAAAGAUGGUAAAAAAUGACCAUUAGAUUGAAAUUUUUGUAGAGUAUAUAUAUAUUUUUAAUGACAAUGAAUUCGUCUACUCAA